AUGAAAACUAAUAUUUUUUUCUUAAACUUAAGAUUAAAUUAUAAACACAAACCAACAGAAUACGAAAAUUUAAAAAUCAAAAUUACUGAUCUACUCACUCAAUACAAAAACUUUGUUGAUGUCAUUCCUAGUAACAAGCCUCAUGGUGAUGUAACACACCAACAAUCAUUUUCAAUAAACAACGGAGAACAUUCCAAUAGAAUUAUUCCCGACAAAGAAAGCCACACAAAUCCCCAAUCAGUUCCUCUUCUUAAUCAACAUGAAGUUGCUGUUAAUAAUUUUUUUAAAAAUUUGGAUGAUAUAACAGCAAAAACUAAAAAAUUUGGAAAAAAACUUGUUGAUAUUAAAAAAUAUAUGGGAAAGAAUAAAUUGGUUAAAAAUGAAUUAUACCAAAAUAAUUUUGCAGAAAUAAUCGAGGAAAAAAUGAAAUUUCUUUUAAAAAAUUGGGAGAAAAUAUUUGAGGAUAUUUUGGGAGAUAAAGAAGAAAUUAAAGUGAUUUUCAAGAAUUCUGGACAUCAAUUUGUUGGGUAUUGCCUUUCCCAACGAUUUCUUGAAGCAUUUAAUGAAGAUGGAGGAGUUAACAUUAAAGCAUUCAUAGACAACAAUUCACUACAAAAAUAUGCUCAAAAACUUGCUAAAAUUGUUAAAAAUAAUCCUUUUAAUAUAAAGUAA